GGGGGACUCCCUGGGUGGGGGGCAUCCAGGGGACAUUCCUUCAUCGGGUUCUUCCUGACCGCUGACCUUGGGCCCCACACCCUGCUUCGGACGGGGGGAAGACCACUCCUGGAACUGAACGAAAGGAGGGGGAUGGACCAAGAGGGCCUUCAAAACAGGAUGAAACAUCUGCUGCUGCUGGCCUUGAUUCCAUUUGCUCGAGGUCUUUCUUGCUCACAAGACCCCUGCAAGAAUGGAGGAAGCUGUUUGAGCCAUCCCAGCAGAACCAUCUCCUGCCUAUGCCUUCCCGGCUACACGGGAGAGCUGUGCCAGUUUGUGGACCCCUGCACCCCCGGGCGCUGCCAGAACAGGGGCACCUGCUCCCUCAAGAUCCUUCAAGCCUCCAGCCCCCCGGCCUAUACUUGCGUGUGCCCUCCUGGGUUCACCGGGGAGGAAUGCCAGGGGGUGGUUGGAGACCCAUGCUUCCCUUCGCCCUGCCAACAUGGAGGAAGUUGCCAGCCACUCUCUGGAAACCAGUACCGCUGCCAGUGUCCAAUUGGAUGGACAGGAAAGAAUUGCCAGCUCCGAGACUUCUGCCAGGCUCAUCCCUGUGCCAACGGGGGCACCUGCCUCAACACCUACCCAUACAUCAUCUGUCAGUGCCGGCCUGGGUUUGAGGGGCACACCUGCCAACACGAUAUCAACGAAUGCUUCCGGAAUCCCAGUCCCUGCCUGAACGGAGGCCGUUGCCUCAACAACAUUGGCUCCUUCCGCUGCCUCUGCCCAGCUGGCUCCACUGGUCCGCUCUGCCAGUACCAUCUGGGGCCCUGCACCUCUGAGGCCUGCCUCCAUGGGGGGACCUGCCAAGAAGUCGGGGAAAGUUACCACGGCUGCCUGUGUGUUAUGGGUUACACAGGGCAGUACUGUGAGGUGGACCCAGAUGACUGCAUACAGCAUCAGUGCUGCAACGGGGGGACCUGUGAGGAUGGUGUGGGAUCGUAUUCCUGCCACUGCCCUCCAGGGUGGACAGGCUGGGAUUGCUCCAAUGACAUUGAUGAGUGCCAUUUACGGUUGUGUCAGAAUGGGGGGACCUGCCACAACACCCCAGGGGGCUUCCGCUGUAUCUGCAGCAAUGGCUGGGCUGGCGAGACCUGCACCCACAAUGUGGACGACUGUCUCUUGGCCACCUGCUAUCCCGGAUCCACCUGCAUCGACCGUGUGGGAUCCUUCUUAUGCAAAUGCCCUCCCGGGCGCACAGGCCUUCUUUGCCACCUGCCUGAUGCCUGUCUCAGCAGCCCGUGCCAUCCUGAUGCCCACUGUGACACUGACCUCCGGACUGGCCACGCCAUCUGCGUAUGCCAGCAAGGUUACACUGGACCCAUGUGCUAUCAGGACAUCGACGAGUGCCAGAUGGGGACGAAUCCAUGCGAACAUGGAGGAAGCUGCCACAACACGCCCGGCUCCUUUGCCUGCCGCUGCCUCAACGGUUACACGGGCUUACGCUGUGAAUCGGACCUCAAUGAAUGCCUCAGCCAGCCCUGCCAUAACGGAGCCUCCUGCCUGGACCUACUGGACCAGUUUCAGUGUCUCUGCCCCUUGGGUUUUGAGGGACCCCAGUGCCAGCUGGAGGUAGACGGCUGUGUGAGCUCCCCCUGCAGGAACGGAGGCCAGUGUCAGAAUUCUGCUGGGCUCUUCCACUGCAUCUGCCCCCAAGGUUUCGAGGGACACCAGUGUGAAAGAGACACAGACCGAUGCCACAGUGCCCCCUGUGGGUAUGGAAGCUGCAUAAACAUGCCAGGCUCCUUUACAUGCACUUGCUCCCCUGGCUACACAGGACCCCACUGCACAGAGACGGACGACCCCUGCCGCCAUUGGCAGUGUCUCAACGGGGGCAGUUGCCAAGGGACCGAAUCUGGGCCGCACUGUACUUGUCUGGUGGGUUGGACUGGCCAAGACUGUGGCGUGGAGGUAGAUCCCUGUGAUCCCAGCCCCUGCCACCAGGGGGCCACGUGCCAGAGCCAUCGAGGUGCCUUCCACUGCAUCUGCCCCAGCGGCUACGUAGGUGCCACAUGUGAAGAAGACGUGGAUGAAUGUGGUUUGAGCCCCUGCCUCAAUUCUGGAUCAUGCCUCAAUAGCCCAGGAAGUUUCCACUGUGUCUGCUCUGAAGGAUACACAGGACUGAAAUGCCAGCUAACCCUUGACCUUUGUUCUCCUAAUCCCUGUCAAAAUGGAGGCCGGUGCGUCAUGAAGGCUUUUGCCCCCGUUUGCCUCUGCCCUCUUGGUUGGGGAGGCUCUCUUUGCCAGCAGAAGACAACCCAGAAGGGAGAGCAUUGCCCAGAUCCCUCCGGAGGGGAUGACUGUCAGUGCCUGCCUGGGAAGAAGUGCCCUGACGGAGGAGUCUGUACUGAGACACCCAAUGGAUAUUUCUGCCUGUGCCCACUGGGAACCAAAGGUCCCAACUGCAGUUUGGAUCCCUGUUCCCUUCCUGCUGCCCACUGCUAUCAUGGGGGGACCUGCUUGGCUCGGCCUGAAGGCGUUUCUUGCCUCUGCCCUCCUGGGUAUGUUGGUGACCAGUGCCAGGGGGUGGUGGACCCUUGCUUCUCUCAGCCUUGCAACCCAUCCGGGGCCCACAGUUGCCAAUCCCAUGCUCACGGCUUCCAGUGUUUAUGCCUGCCAGGGUAUACAGGGAUUCUGUGUGAGUCUGUGAUGGACAGGUGUCAGCCCAACCCAUGCCUCAAUGGUGGAAGCUGCCAUGCAGUGCCCGACGGUCCUCUGGAAUUCAUCUGCCACUGCCCCCAGGGCUAUGACGGAGCCACCUGUGACCAGCAUGCUCCUCUGUGUGGGGUCCUCUAUUGCCAUAAUGGAGGCGUCUGCAUUUCCCACCCAUCUGGACCCCAAUGCCUGUGCUUCGAAGGAUUCUCCGGACCAGACUGCCGCCUGCCGCGAUGCUCUUCCGGAUCCUGCCCUGCUCUCAACACUACCGUCGAUUGCCAGCAGGUGGCAGGAGACGGACGUUGCGACCGAGCCUGCAGCUCCCCGGAGACCCGCUGGGAUGGAGGGGACUGUUCCCUGGGGGUGCUGGACCCCUGGGAGAGCUGCCCCCGGCGGGAUCUGUGCUGGACGUCUUUCCGGGAUGGACAAUGCCACCAUCAUUGCGAUAAUGAGGGUUGCCUGUUUGAUGGUUAUGACUGCACACAGCAGAUGCGGUGCAACCCCCUAUAUGAGCGAUAUUGCCGGGACCACUUCUCUGAUGGAUAUUGUGAUGGAGGCUGCGACACGGCCUUCUGCGGCUGGGAUGGGGGAGACUGCUGGUCCGCCUCCACGGAGGGUCAAGCAUUGGGCCUGGUUAUCCUGCUACCCCAAGAAGCACUGCGCCAGUUCCUGCAUUCCCUGGCUGUUGCCCUGCGUGGGGCACUACGGCUUCAACGGGAUCUUCAGGGCAGAGAGAGAGUUUACCCCUACACGGGAAAAGAAGAGCUUGGAAGCAGGAGCAAUUGGACAGGGCCUGAGGAGAAAGCCACUGUCGAGAGCAUUGGGUAUACUAUUUUCCUGGCCAUGGAUGAGAAGCGGUGCUCAGGGCUGUGCCCCACAUCCCCCAGAUCUGCUCUGAAUUUCCUGGGGGCCUUAGCAGCCAAAGGGACCCUCGAAUCCCUCGUGCCAUACACAGUGGUAGCUGCCUGGAUUGAGUCUGCAAAAAUCGAUCCUCUGGCCUUAGCUUCCCAUUUUCCUGGGCCUCUUGUUUACUGCGUGGUGGCCGGAGUUGUGGCGGUUGUGCUGGGCAUCUUUUUGGGGGUGUGGAGGAUCCGCCGGCCCCAACGGCAGGAACAGGGCUUGCUCUGGUUCCCACCUGGAUUUGCUCCGCGGCAGGGCAAGAAACGGCGGUGCCGGAGAGAACCGGUGGGCGAAGACGCCAUCGGACUGAAACCGAGAAAGUCAGGUACUGAAUUUGUCGAGGAUUCUGAUACGUGUUCUUCAAGCCCUCACUUCGAUGGACCCCUGAGCCUCGAGGAUCUCAAGGAUGAUUUGGAAUCUAUUCCACACCACAAUCAAGGCCAGUCUAGGACCAAGAAGCAGGUGCAGUUAAACAUGCUGACCUCAGACCAGGACAAGAAUUCCAAGCUGAAGACUGUCAAAACUCAAGACUCAGUUUGUGGCCUGACACCAUUGAUGCCUUUGGCCCACACUCCUAUAUCAAAAGUGGAGAAGUCCUGGGCAGAUAGCCAAGAGGAAAGCUCUGGAGAGACGCCUCUUCACCUCGCGGCCCGAUACUCCCGUGCCGAUGCCGCCCGAAGACUCCUGGCAUCUGGAGCCAAUGCCAAUGCCCGUGACCAGUGGGGGAGGACCCCCUUGCACAGUGCCAUAGCAGCGGAUGCAUUGGGAGUCUUCCAGAUCCUUCUCCGGCACAGACAGACAAACUUGGAUGCCUCGGCGCAUGAUGGCUCCACCCCUCUAAUCCUGGCGACGCGACUCGGGGUUGAAAAUAUGGUGGAGGAGCUGGUGGCCAAUCGUGUAGACAUCGGGGCCAAAGACAAGAGAGGAAAGAGCGCCCUCCACUGGGCCGCAGCUGUCAACAAUGAGCGGGCUGCCUUUGUCCUACUCCGAAACGGAGCCGAUAAGGAUGCCCAAGACAAUCGGGCCCAGACGCCACUCUUCCUCGCCGCCCAAGAGGGGAGCUGCAAAGUGGCUUGCCUCCUGCUACAACACGGCGCCAAGCAGAACAUCCCGGAUCACGUAAGCCGCCUCGCGAGAGACGUAGCCCAGGAGCGCCUCCACCAUGACAUCGUGUCCCUCUUGGACUCUCUCCGUCCCUCUCCCACAGCCGGCCAGCUCUCGCCACACAGGCCACGGCCACACCACCACCGCUUGGCUCCCAACCCACGCAAAUUGUCGUGGCAGGCAGGCAACCUGCGGCUUCCCCCAGUCCCAGAGAACGAAAUCCCUCUUAAGGUUCUUCCUCCUUCCACGCUGCCUGCAAGUUUAUCCGAAGAGGCCGUGGGGCUGCCGCCAGAGUGACUCCAC